AUGGCGCUCUGCGUCAAUCCUGACUGGGUGGCGCUACAGGUGAAGCUGCCGGAGUUCGACGCCCAGGGGCUAGUCGACUGGCCGGGGUGCCAGAACCCCGGGACUAUCCAGAUCCCCAGGGUGGAUGAGGCGGUCGGCGAGAGGGCCGAAAGUGGCCCAGCGCGAACCGGCGGCGCGGGCACCGUGGGCGGCGGGUCGCAGGCCAGCGGCGGGGCUUCUGCAGGCACCAACCGCCACAUCGGAGGAGGAGGCGCCACCGGCGGCGGGGCGGCGAUGGUGCUGGAGGACCGGGGAAAGCGCCCCCGGCUCUUUAUUCCUGUGCCGGAGUCCCCGCCGUCACCGUCGCCAGGCGAGGGGGGAAACCGGGACGACCAGUCGUCCAGCGCGAGGCCGCCUACGGGUGCCGCCGAGAGCCAAGGGCGGCUGGAGGAACCGAAGUCGGCGCCAGCCCUCGAGCCAAGCGCGCCCGAGCCGAGUGCUCCGGCGGGGCCAGGGCCGUCGAUCACAGCGGCGGAACCGGGUCCGCCGAGCACGGCGACGGAACUGGGGCCGCCUAGCACGGUGGCGGAGCCUGGGCCGGCAAGCGCGGUGGCGGAGCCAGGGCCGGCGAACGUGGCGGCCGAGACAGAAAUGCAGCCGCCGCCCUGCUCCGAGCCGACAACAGUGGCCGCGCCCGAGCGUCCGGCGCCGUCCGAGUCCACCCCAAGCGCACCGAGCGUGGGGCGGAUGACCGCACGGCAGUUUUCGGGGACCCUGAGCCCCCCGGAGGAGGCUCACAGGGGAGCCAGCGCCCAGCCGCCGCCCAGUCAGCCCGCCGACCCUCUCCCGAUCGUGCUUGGGAGCGCCCAGGAGGUGAUCGGGCGGCUGGAGGCGACCGUGGCGGGGGAGAUGGCGCAGCAGGAGGCGGAGCGCGUCGCUCUGGUGACGGAGAGAGCGCAUCUUACCGCGGCUUGGCGCGUUUUCGACUCCCGCCUCGCCACAGCGCGCGCCGCCAACGAGGACGAACGGCACGCUAUGGUGGAAGAGCAGAAGGCCUUGGAGCAGGCCCACGCGUAG